AUGACAACUCAACUCACUACUCUCACCCAGUUCCUCCGCGAUUUUCGACCGCGAAACCAACUCAUUGUAAUCGCAGUAACAAGCGCCGCCCUCGGUAUUCCAGUACUGAGCAUCGCCAUCGAGGACUACCGCGGGUAUAUCGCCCUCGGGCCUGGCGGACCACCUCACAAUGUUAUCGGAUGGUUCGGGCAGAUUCUGCUGAAGCCGUUCAAGAAGGAGCCCUUUCAUACAAGCUGUUAUGAUAAGAAAGCGUUCCAAAAAGCAGGUCCUAACGGGAGUGUUGCUUUCUUGAAGGGAGAGGAUGUUCCUGCUCGAGAGGCACCAAGACCGACAGUUGGGAGUUGGACAGCGCCGAGUCGACAACUGACAGACCUAGCGAGUAAGGACAUAAUUGACCGAUAUCAAUCCUUCCUCUCCUCGCUCGCAUCAGAGUCACCUUCCAAGCUCAAAAUCGCAACAUCUGUCGUCGAGCGACACGGCCAAGCUCUCUUCGUAGCUUCAGAGAACCCAAGUCAUCCAAUUGCGAAGAGAAUGUAUGGGGAAAUCGGACAUAUGCAUGGCAGUGAUGGUUCGAUGCAUCUCAACUUGGCGCCUCGGGAUGCCAAGUUGGUGCUGGAGAAGGGUUGGGGUCAACGCCAUCCCCUAGGCGGUACUAUUUUGUAUUUGGGAGAUGUUAUGAUUUACGCUCCGAGAAAUGAGGAGGAGCUUGAGGUUGUUAAGAGAAUUACGAGGGGAGCUGCUAAGUUUAUGCUUGGAGAAGAGUCUUGA